AUGCCCGGUUCUUCAUUAGAUGUUGAUGUAGACAUUGAUUGGUUAUAUAAAGGCAAAAAACGCAGCAGAUUACGUGGAGUCAAUCGUGCUUCUUCAACAAAUGCCCAAUCUGAUUCAGAAGUUCCUGGAGGUGAUCGUGUAAGAGUUCGUGCGGUGUCCGUGUCAACCGCAGAUUUAAGUAGGGAAGCUCCUGCUAUGACUAGAGAAGGGGCUAUGGGAAAUGAAGUUAAACUGAAAUCAGCCUUGCAGACGCAGACAUCAGUGGUUAAUAGACAGGGGGGGGGUAGCAGUUCCUUACUUCGACGAAGUAACUCUGUGGGAGAGAAACCAUGGAAGUCGCUCAUCGGGAAUUUAUUUGGGAGGAGGUCAUCAUCUUCGGGAGAGACAAAGUCAGGUAGCCAGCGUGGACGUAUACAGGAAGCUUCAGCGCAUUGUAAUACUGACGACGAAGCUGCAGUAGAAAUGUACCCGGAGGAACAGGUUAACGAUCGGGAUGGUGUAAUGGCAGUUGAGUACAAGCAUGGUUUUAGAAGGGCAACGGCUGGAGUAAUCCCUGUUCAGCAAAUUUCCCGAGCGAAGCUUAAAAGGGUUAUGUUUGCAGUUGACAGGCUUGGAGCAGAUCCACCUCAACAGAUCCCAUCGCGGAAACCUGUACGGGGGAAUGUAUUGGUACCUGAGGAUAUGGUUAGUGAUGUACCGCUAAUAUCGCAAGGUAUAACGACUACACAAGGAGAGGGUGGAUCAAAUAUUUCUCGCGUUACACAAGAUUCCAGGGAAUACAAAGUUGCCCUAGAAAAUUAUAAGAAAGCUCUUAAAGAGUCACGAAAACAUGAGCAGGAAGCUCAUUAUGCCGCGCUAAGGAUAGCCAAAGAAGUAGCUAAUUUUAAAAUUAAACAUCCCCACAUUUCUGGAGGAACUCAUUGUGAUACGGAAGUGUAUCCUGAGACAUCCGGUACCGAAAUAGAUGAAAGGAUGAGAAGGCUAGAAAUAGAUAAUGAUAUUCAUGUUAAUGAGCGAUAUUUUGGUGAAUACUCGAACAGUAGUGGGACAUCUGAAAGUACUUCUGGAAUGAGCUUAGAACUUAUUUAUACCGUUUGCUGCCAUUUACGAGAAAUUCUACCGAUACCGUCAACAUUAAAGCAGUUAAAGAACAAGUCGGCUCCUUUACGAACGUUAAAAUUCCUGAAUCCCAGACCAACACUAAUUGAUUUACUUUCAUUCUGUGACUUUGUUGCUGUGGUUCCGAUUCACAAUGUGGUCUUCGAUAAUGUUAAUCUGACUGCUGAUAUGUUUAAAAUUGUAAUAUCUUCUGUGGCGAAUUCGAACGCAAUGGAGAGACUCUCUUUGAGAAAUGUUACGAUUGCACAAGAAGGAUGGAUAUUGCUGUGUAAGUUUCUGCUGGAGAACAGUUCUCUUGUGAAAUUGGACAUCUCCCAAACCAAAAUAAAGCAGGAUUGUGACCCAUCCUUAAGAAGAUCCUCGAUGGAUUGGCGAUUGUUUGCAUAUGCAUUGCGGGGUCACAGUGUAACUCCAUUGGAAGAACUUCAACUAAAUGGUAUCCAUUUCACUGACGUUAAUUUGAUCAGAGACGUAUUGGAUGCAUUUACAGCAAACCACACAGUAAUGAAAAGACUUGGAAUUGCACAAUCGGACUUAUCAAAGGACGUGCUAAGGGAAGUAUUAAACUGGGCCUCAAUAAACCAUGUACAGGGGGUUGACUUAUCAUACAACAAUUUGCAAGGAUCAGUCCAGGUUAUGGUUGACCGGUUAACGGCUUUGGACUUCAGCUAUCUCAAUUACUUCACCUUGAAUAGCACUUCUAUAAAUUCUGUCACUGAUGUUAGUUUGAUACUAAGAAACUUAUCGACAUUACCAAAUUUGUAUUUUUUGGAUUUAAGCAAUAUGCCAACAAUAUUCCCAGAGGUUUUCCCAUAUUUGAACAAAUAUUUACCCAGGUUUCCAAAUUUAAAAAGAUUACACUUAGAUCGUAACGAAUUGUCGUCGAGCAAUAUUUCUGUGCUAUGCCAAAUUCUCCCAAAAUGUAAGGAAUUGUUGCAUGUAUCCCUAUUACAACAGCCAAGAGAAUCCUAUGUCAUGAGCUCAUGCGCAGCUUUGUAUGAUUUUGUUACAAACUCAAGCAAGAUUACUACUUUAGAAGUGGAAUAUGAAUUCAUGUCACAGGAGAUCAGCUCUAGAAUAGCUGUUUGCUUGAUUAGAAAUGCCCAGAAAUCGAUAGAUGAAGAUUUCGAAUUGGACGAAUUAACUUCCCAAGAUGACCUAUUAUUCGAUGGGGAGUUGAUCACAGAGACUGUCGGAGGAGUUUUGUCUAAAUUGGAUGAUUCUUCAGCUAGCUUAGAUAGCGAUUCAUCACGGAGAUAUUUGUUAAAGAAAUACUGGGAGAAAGUAAACAAAGUCCACGAUAACGUCCAGCGGACCAUAUCUGGUAUGUUUGAGAAACGUAACGAAAAUAAGCUAACAUUGCAAGGGAAGGAAAACCUCUUACGCUUAUUACUCGUUGAUGAUACGCUAACGAAAAUAUUAGAUAUCCUCUCUAAAAAUCCACGUGUGGUCAGUCUAAUAGGCAACCAGAGUGAGGACUCUUGUAAUCAGCUAAAGCACAUUAAAUCUUCCUCUUUGUUAUUACCUAUGGCGGAGCAAAAUUAUAAUGAUCUCGAUAAUAGUAAUUCGCCAAUUACAAAACCCCACUUAAUGGCCACUGAUUCUGGCAGAACAAUUGAUUUGAUGACGGGUAAGCCAGUUCCAUUCCGAACCUCAUCUCAAACUUCUAUCAUUCGUAAGAAACAGGAAGAAGAAGAAGGUGAGUUUCAUAAAUGGGGUUUAUUUGUUGAAAAAAGAUGGAGCGCUAUUGAAGAACCAACGGGUUCUUCUGCUGGAUCAUCCCCUGCAGUUGUUAAACAAUCGCCUAGCUCACACCCUUAUGAGUCCACAUUGGUUUUCUCUAAAAUACCGUCUGGAGCGGAAUUGAAGGAAGCUAUCAUUAAGGCCAAAGGUAUCAAUUCUAUAGAGGACUUAAUUGAUAACGUUAACCACAAUCGAGUUAAACUUGACAAUAUAUACGGCGUCCCUUAUAGCCCAACGUUAUCAUCUACAGGCCCUCCAUCUGCGGGGUAUUCGAUCGCAUCGUCCAACCAGUUUAGGGGUGUCGGCAAUGUUAGCCCAUCCAGUGCUGUUGCUACGUCCUCAGAUAGUGCUGAUAAUGAUGAGGAAUUCGAAUCGAAAGUCGAUGAGACUUACGACAAACUUCUAAAUAAGAUGAGCGAGGUGCGUUCUAAUAAGUGA